UUGGUUUAUAAAGUGACAGCACCCUUUGGCCAUUCAUGAUCGUACCUAUAGCUUCCAAUAUUCUGAUAAUCGAGAGGACGAUCAGGAUGCCUGGUGUUUCUUCCAUGCUUCUUUUCUUUCUAUUUGUAAUAUUAAUAUCUCAAGUCAGUGCCCAGUUAACCUGUGAUUACAGCAAGGUCGGAAAUUACACAGCAAGUAGCACCUAUAACACCAAUCUGAACACCCUUUUAUCCACUCUCUCUUCCAACACAGAAAUUAAUUACGGUUUCUACCACUUCUCACAUGGUCAAAGCCCAGACAGAGUCAACGCCAUUGGGCUCUGCAGGGGAGAUGUGGAGCCAGAUGAGUGCCGCAGUUGCCUCAACUAUGCCAGAAGCAAUCUCACACAAGAUUGUCCAAACCAGAAAGAGGCAAUUAUACAAUAUGACAAUUGCAUGUUGCGCUACUCCAACCGCACAAUAUUUGGCAAUCUGGAAUUUCAACCUGGUUAUUGUGUGCGGAACUUAUCCAAUGUAAUGGACGGGGAUCAGUCCAAGCAAGCGCUUGCGAACUUAAUGGGGAAACUCAAAGGUGUAGCUGCAUCGGGUGACUCUCGUCGUAAGUAUGCUACGGAUAAUGUAACUACUGGAAAUUUUGAAACCAUAUAUGGUCUUGUGCAGUGCACCCCUGAUUUGUCUGAGACACAAUGCAAUGACUGCUUGGAUGGGGCUAUCUCAGACAUCCUACCUUGUUGUAAUUUAAGGUUCUGUGGUGGAGGUGUUAGACCCAGUUGUAAUAUUAGAUUUGAAAACUACCGCUUCUACAAACAGACGACUGUAUUGGACCCAGAAGAAAGUGGCAACACAAUAGUAAUUGCCAUCUCCAUAGUUGUGCCAACUGUUGUUGUCGUUUUCCUCAUUUGUCUCUGCUUAUAUUUAAGGAGGAGGAAGGCUAGGAAAAAUCUUGUAGUUAAAGAAAAUGAUGUUGAGGAUGAAAUUAAAAUUGCCGAGUCAUUGCAAUUUAACUUCAACACAAUACAAGUUGCUACAGAAGACUUCUCUGAUUCUAAUAAACUUGGACAAGGUGGAUUUGGAGCUGUUUACAGGGGUAGGCUCUCUACUGGACAGAUGAUUGCAGUUAAAAGGUUGUCAAGAGAUUCUGGUCAAGGAGAUACAGAAUUUAAGAAUGAGGUGCUUUUAGUGGCCAAGCUUCAGCACCGCAAUUUAGUUAGGCUACUUGGUUUCUGCUUGGAAGGAAAUGAAAGGCUACUUGUCUAUGAAUAUGUUCCUAAUAAAAGCCUUGAUUAUUUCAUAUUUGAUCCAAACAUGAAAGCACAAUUUGAUUGGGAAAGUCGUUACAAAAUCAUUCGAGGUAUAGCUCGAGGCCUUCUAUACCUUCAUGAAGACUCUCGACUGCGUGUUAUACAUCGUGAUCUCAAAGCAAGCAACAUUCUCUUAGACGAAGAGAUGAAUCCGAAGAUAGCAGAUUUUGGCAUGGCAAGACUGUUUUUGGUGGAUCAAACUCAUGCAAAUACAAGAAGAAUUGUUGGAACCUGUGGAUAUAUGGCACCAGAAUAUGCAAUGCAUGGACAAUUUUCAGUGAAAUCAGAUGUCUUCAGUUUUGGUGUACUAGUUCUUGAGAUUUUAAGCGGCCAAAAAAACAGGGGCAUUCAUCAUGCGGAGAAUGUUGAGGAUCUACUAAGUUUCGCAUGGAGAAGUUGGAAGGAGCAGACAGCUAUAAAUAUUGUAGAUCCAUCAUUAAACAACAAUUCACGAAAUGAAAUGAUGAGAUGUAUCCAUAUUGGUUUACUUUGUGUUCAAGAAAAUUUAGCGGACAGACCAACCAUGGCUACCAUUAUGCUCAUGCUUGAUAGCUAUUCUCUAAGUCUCCCAAUCCCCGCCAAACCUGCAUUUUAUAUGAACAGUAGAACUAGAAGUCUUCCAGGAUCAAGUGAAUCGAUAAUUAAAUCAGCUCAAGAAUCAGAAAAUGAGGUUUCAGUAACUGAGCUAUACGCUCGGUAGAUUCUAGUUAGGAGGAUGAUAUUCAUUCAUCAUCUAUGCUUCCGCUCUCUUAAACAAAAUACAACUGUUGGAACUCAUGUAAUUUGAUCUUGCAAUGUCUUGUUUAAAUACACCACACAUCCUUUGUUUAAACUGAGAUUGAAGCCAGCUAUAUGACCUUCAUGGUCUUUUAAUAUUGAUGUUCAAAUCUGUAUUCAUGAA